AUGGUAUAUACGGUCCCCCUCAUCAUCUUCAUGGAUGACAUUUCCGGCAACAUCUCAAAACAAUGGAAUAAGCACCAUGCAAUCUAUAUGUCAAAUGCGAAUGUCCCACAUGAGAUGCUGGAGAAGGAGUUCUUUGUGUGCUUUGUUAUGUCCUCACUGCAUGCUGCUCCCAUGGAACUUAUGCAGGCAAUGAAACAGUCCAUUUGUGAUGCAGCUACAUCUGGUGUCACCGCAUGGGAUUGCAAAGACAACCAAGAAGUGUUGUUGAUUCCACACGGACUUUUCAUUGCUGGCGACAACCCAAUGCAAGCAGAGGAAUGCAGUCACACAGGAUUGAACUGCAACUACUUAUGCCGGAUGUGUGACGCGGGUGGCACAAAAGAGUACAAAGCAUCUUUGGAUGGUUAUAACAGCCUGUUCGCAUCAGGCAAUCUACGAACACCAGAAGGUACUGCUGCGAACAUCCAGCAACAGUUUGAGACAGCAUUGAAACCGGGUGCUACUGAGAAAAUCAAAAAUGUGGUGUUGACAACAGGUAUUCGUGAUAUGGCUUCCAUUUCCAUCAUCAACGCACUCCUAGAACUUGGAAAGAAGCUUCAAAAAUGUGUCGCCGGCACUCAAGCAAUGUUGGAAGCCGAAUACUUUUGGGGACAGACUGUAUUUUUACUCGACAAAGCAAAGCUUAUGGACAUCUUUCAAACCCGUCUCCAGUCUGUUGAUACAGACAGACUGAACACUCCAUGCCUGAAUGCAGAAUAUAUCUGCCAUUAUAAAGGCGGCCUGAUCAGAAAGCAUUUCAAGAGCCUGUCGCAAGUGAUGCCAUUUGUAAUCUACGACCUCGUCCCUUCAACAGUUCUCAAUGCCUGA